GUGCCUUGAGACGCUCAGUGCCCGGGUACAACAGACACUUACUGAGUGUGAUGGCAUGGUGCCACUCAAGUUGAGGUGAUUGUGAUUGGCUCAGGGGACACCUAGAGCUCAGCAUCUGUUACAAACACAGACUAGGGGGCGCCACUUCUCAGGACUGAUACAAGAGCCACAGGACCAGAGGCUUGUAUGCAGAGAUGGUGGUUCUCCUGCUUGCGGUUUCUGCUCUGCUGACGGCCCAAACGGGCCGUGCCCAGGACCUGCCGUAUGAGGCCUACCUGGAGCAGAUGAGUGUCUGCCCCAAAGAGUGCCACUGCCCGCCCAGCAUUCCCAGUGCCGUCUACUGUGACGGCAAAGAUCUGAAGAGCAUCCCCACCAUCCCACCACACACCCGCUACCUGUACCUGCAGAACAACCAAAUCGAGAACAUCUCGAAGGAGGCCUUCAGCAACGCCACCCAGCUGCAGUGGAUCAACCUUAACCACAACAAGAUCACCAGUGAGGGUGUGAAGGAAGGGGCACUGGAGGGUCUACCAGCCCUCCUGCACCUCUACAUGGAGGACAACCUAAUGACCAGGGUUCCCUCUCCACUGCCCCCCAACUUAGAGCAGCUCCGCCUUUCUCGAAACCGCAUCUCUAAGAUCCCCCCAGGUGUGUUCACCAAACUGAGCCACUUGGCGCUGUUGGAUCUCCAUGCCAACCAGCUGCAGGAUGACGCUGUGAUGGAGGCCAACCUGAAGGGGCUCACCAGCCUGGUCCAGAUUAACCUGGCUAAGAACAGCUUGAGGAGCAUGCCGCCUCGCUUGCCCACCACAACUACACAGAUUUUCCUGGACAGCAACAGCAUUGAGAAGAUCCCCGUCGGCUACUUUAACAACCUGCCCAAGAUCGCCUUCCUCCGGCUGAACCGCAACAAGCUCGCUAACGACGGGCUACCCAAGGAUAUCUUCAAAAUGUCCAGCAUCCUUGAUCUGCAGCUGUCGCACAACCAGCUGACCGAGGUGCCCCAAAUCUCAGCAAACUUGGAGCAGCUGCAUCUUAGCCACAACCUGAUCAAAAGUGUGAAUGGGACCAGCAUCUGCCCUGGUCCCACUGACGCCCCAGACAGCUACACUGAGGACCAGAUCCCACGGCUGCGUUACCUCCGCCUUGACGGCAACGACGUGCAGCCGCCCAUCCCCCUGGACCUCCUGAUCUGCUUCCGUCUCCUCACAGCUGUGGUCAUAUAAGGGCCACAUCGGGCUGGACAGGAAGAUGGCGCACCCCACAGGUCAAAGGUCAUUCGCUUUCCCUGUUUUCUGUUUACACCCUGUAGAUGGGACUGGGAUCUUCCAUACUGACCUUCAUCCGUAGUGAAGAUGCGCGCCCAUGCUGUCCAGGUGCCUGUGGCCACGUCCACAGCGUUCUUCUUACUGUGAUUUUUGCAUUACUGCGCUCUAGAGGUGGAAAGUACAGAUCCAGAGAGUAGAAAUCCAGACCAAGAUUUUGUUUCAACCAACCAGUUCAGUCCUCUGUGACUGUGACUCUUUAUACUUAACUGGUUGGUUGAAACAAAACCUUAGUCUGGAUUUGUACUUUCUGAACCUGAAUUUUCCACUUCUGCUGCGUUCUUCCCCUGACUGUGCUCUUUCCCUGACUGUGCUCUUUCCCUUACUGUGCUCUUUCCCUGACUGCGCUCUUUCCAUUACUGUGCUCUUUCCCUUACUGUGCUCUUUCCCUGACUACGCUCUUUCCCUGACUACGCUCUUUCCCUGACUACGCUCUUUCCCUGACUGCGCUCUUUCCAUUACUGUGUCUUCACUUCUCCCCUUUUCCUCCUGGGUUCUGUGUCCCAGGCCAAUUUUUCAUAUAAUCCCACAGAUCCAUGGGCAGUGGUGAAUUCAAAUCAGGUUUUAUUGGAAAACCUUCCUAUGUGGGGCGGUUGCUAUAGGUGAGGACAACUUCAAACUGGGAAAGUAAUAUUUCGAGUGAUUUUCAUACACAUGCAUGGAAGACUGUGCGAGUCUCACAGGGUUAGAGGAGACUAUUUGCUUUUCGUCAUUCUCUUUCCUUUAUUCGGCUUUACAGCAAUCAUGAUUUUACAGCAACGUUUUGUUUUUUUCUAAGAUUUUUUUUUGCUAAGCAAAAGGAGGACUGAGGGUUAGCCAGAUAACUGAGAGGGGUGACAGAAUAACUAAACACAGCUCGCUGCUGAUGCUGUAUUUCAGGUUUGGGUAACUUUUUUUCAGUAGCAAGCUGGUGCCUUGAACACGGUGCUGGAAAGUGCUGCUGUUACUUGAUUUUUAUCCUGUGUGUCCGUAAAGGGAACCUCCAUGGAAUUAGGGCUCAUGGUGAUGCCCCAGGGCUGUGCUCAUACGCCGACGCCACAGUGCAGCGGUGCUAAUCAAAGACACCUAUACCAGCAGACUGAGCGAAAAUGCAUCCAGCAUAAAGAUUCCUUAUGUCUUUUGAUCAUCUGCUUUUACUUCACGUGUUUUACUCUAUUAUCUUUUGUGCGUAACGAUUCACAUUCGCUUACAUUUUUGGGGGGAAAAAAAUGACACUUCACAGCCAAACGUCUGCUGGUUAUAAAUAAAUAUCCUAAAUGAAUACAGACGAGUAACAAAACUGUUUAUGUAAAUGUCUGGCAUGUGCUGCGUUGCCUUGUGAAUAUAUAAUUACCUGUUUAGGGUGACUUUACAUAUCGGGGUGGCUAUUUGAUAAAUACUGCAGUCUUGUUACUGUAAUUCAGUCUCUCAAACAAAUGAAUAAAAACCAUAUGUGAA